CUGACAUUAAAACACAGCAAUGUCGAGAAAGAGACAAAAAGAGAAACCAGACAAGGCCAAUGCUGAGGACGAGAAAAAUACAGGUGCAACUCCAAUUGAAAAACUGCCUGCUCAGACCUUUGAUGAAUAUCAGUGCUCGGGCCAUGUGGAGGUGGACUUCCAUUGGCUUUGUACUCUUCUGGACAUGAAGGAUAUCCCAGCUGUCAGCAUGAAGCCCCCAUCCUCCCCUACUGAAACUGAAGGAGGGGACAAAGAGGACAGUCAGUUGGAGUCCAAUGCUGAACCGUGCUGGUCCAAGCCGUGCCUCCAGGUGGAGCUGGAGGAGGAAGACCCCCUCAGUGCCAAGUACCUGAAGGUUUCUGGGUGGAAGGUGGAUGAGCGUAUUGCCAGAGUGCUACAGAAGAUGCUCCUCUCCCUGAGCAAGCUGCAGAGCCUUCACUUUUGGCAGGCGGGGCUGACAGAUCCAAUGGUAAUCUCUCUCGUGAACACAAUAUCACUGUGCUCCAACCUCAGGGAUGUGACACUGGAGGGAAACCAUCUUCCAGAGCAGAGCUACCACCUUCUCCUCUGUGAAGACAGUGUCCUCACCCACUUGUCCCUGAGAAAUAACCGGAUAGGAGAUGAGGGCGCUCGUCUGAUUGGGUCGGCUCUCUCAACAACCAGAUCUGCUAACAAGAACCUUGUGUCACUCAACCUGGCCUUCAAUGCUAUAGGGGAUGCAGGCGCUACACAUAUCGCACAGGGCCUGCGGUUGAAUCGAGCUUUGUUGGUUCUCUCACUGUCCAACAAUCAGAUUGGAGACUCAGGAGCGGCACAUCUGGCAGAGAUACUGGUCGAGUUCCCUCUCACUCAUGCAGAAGUUGUGGAUAGGAGAAAGAUGCUUCUGGAGAGAACUUCAUCUUUAAGGGUUGAUGGUGAGCAGCCUGCAGACCAACUUCCCUUAGUAGCCAGCAGCAGUUCAAUGAGCAAAGGCAAAAAAAAGGUAACACGCCAAUAGACUGUGUAUAACAGACUGCAAAAAGAAGCAUCCAACAAAGAGAACCCAAAGUCUAACAAGAAAUCUUCUGAUGUGAAGGAGUCUCAAAGUAAAGGUGCCAAGCAGAGUGGCAAAGAGAAGCAACUCGCUGCACAGGAGGAUAAAUCAAAUACUGCCCUGAAUGAGCAGGUAGAGUGUGAGGAGGUGGAGAACCCCCUGCUGGAUCAGUCGGUGCAGCACAGAGACGGGGAGAUCAUUCUGCCUGGAAACACCACUCUCUCCUCCCUGAACCUGGCAGGAAACAGAAUUACAGAGAAAUCGCUGCAUCUAUUCCUGAAAUCUUUAGAGAAGCACGGUGAGGGAGGAGGCCUACUGCGUCUCUGUCUGCAGAGAAACCGCUUCCCAGCAGAUUGUGAGUGUUAUGUGAAGAUAAAAGAACUGAUGACAUUCACAGCAUAACACAGCUCUGAGCAGACAGAAGAGGAGGAACAGUGUGCAUUCUCAUCCAACAUACCUUUAUAUACACUCUUUAUUUGCUAAAUAACAAUAAAAACACUGUGUCCUCUGCUGUGAGGUGAACAAAUGGAUGUAAUAACAGUAGCAAUCUUGCAGAACAUUAAAAUCCAGAUGCUUUGCAGAGGACUCUAAUCAACACCCUGUUUACAGACCAGUUUUAUUGCUUUGUUUUGCUCACACUCAAAUGUACACCAAGGACAAAAACUGAGAACAGCAGAAUAUCAAGUACUUCAAUUAAAUAAGUAUUGCUUUUAUAUCUCACAGUUAUCAGCCUGCGUUACAACACUUGCUGAUUUAUCUACCCCAGACUGUCCCAAUUUAUUUUAAAUGUGGCUGGUGUUUUAAGGGUGUUGGUGUCAAAGUUACUGUCAUUUCCAUAUGAAACUUGCUUUUUGUGUUUUUACGGGGUUUCACGGCUGAGCUGCAGUAAAGAAACUGCAAAACACAGGCAAUUUCAUACUAAUAAGACCAUGAAUUGAGAAGAGAGAACAUUUACUACAGGCUGCUGAGAGCCCUAAAUUUGAAUAGUAGAGAUAUAUAUUUUUCAUAGAACUAUUAAUACCAUCCCCCAUAUUUUACAUUAGAGUUAAUCUAUGAAGGGAUAGUUAAAUGACCUGCACAAAUAAAUACAUUGAACCAGAACUUUAGAUACACAUAUAGGCUUGUUGGUAUAUUGUAUAUUGUAAAGAGGUGUUGAAACCCCCAGAACCUAGUGUGGUUAUUCUGUUAAAUAUCUGAUACCUACAAAAAUGUUUGUCCGCUGCCUGGGGCCCGGAAGUGCCACCAGGGGGCCCUCAAAGAAAAAAUACAUUGUUACAUGAGGUAUGUUUAUUGUGUGUUUUAAUAAAAGUGCUUUAACACCAGUGGUGGAUGAAGUAAAUACAUAAAGACACAGUUACAACUUAUGAAUGUAGUGAAGUAAAAAUGAUACAGUAGCUUAAAUGUAAAUACUCUAAUAGAGUCAAUAACUUUAAAAUUGUACUUAUUUACCUGUGACUU